AUGGCGAGAAGCAGACCGACGCCCGCAACCUUGUACCAGCUCAAACACACAUGGAGACCGCGCUCCGGCCACGGGCCAGCUGGUGUGUUCCUGGCCCGGACGUUUGCGUCUUCAGAACCGCUCCGCCUGCGCACCACGGAGCUCGACGGACCCAAGUUGAGCGGCUUGAAGGUCAACUCAGCUCGGCUGUGGGACACGAUCCACGCGACGGCACAAUGGACGUCGUCAGCGAGACCGAAAACAAACGAUAUCAGAACCGCGGGCCUCUCGCGCCUGGCUCUCGGCGACGAGGACAAAGCCGCGCGCGACUGGUUCAUCUCCACCACUCAAUCCCUAGGAUGCAAGACCCACGUGGAUCAGAUGGGCAACAUCUUCGCCAUCAGACCGGGCCUGUCGUCAUCGUCGUCGUCUCCUCCGUCCGCGGGCAGGGUUAAAGCUCCAGCGACGUUUGCGGGCAGUCACCUGGACAGCCAGCCCAGCGGCGGGCGCUUCGACGGCGUCUUGGGGGUCGCCGCGGGGAUCGAGAUGUUGCGGGUCCUCGAGGAGAACUCGAUAGAGACCGAGGGCGACGUGGGCGUCGUGAACUGGACCAACGAAGAAGGCGCCAGGUUCCCAGUCAGCAUGAUGGGGAGCUCCGUCUGGUCUGGGCGUGUCGGCCUGGAGAGGGCCUGGGGCGUGCGUAGCGUGAGUCCUGGCCUGCCCGAGGUCACGGUCAAAGACGAAUUGGAGAGGAUUGGAUAUCUGGGGGACGUGCCCUGCUACCAUGACGGGAAGCCCGGCACCGUCGUAGGCGCGCAUUUCGAACUCCACAUCGAACAAGGCCCGAAGCUCGAACGCGCGAGGCAGAAGAUCGGAAUCGUCGAGGGCGUCCAGGCUUACAAAUGGUUCACCGUCACGAUAACGGGGAGGGAAUCGCACGCCGGGACCACGGAUUUCGACAAUCGCGCCGACGCCCUCUAUUUUGCUGCGACGUUUCUGCACAAGGUCCGCAGGAUCGCCCAGAGUUUGAAAGGGUUGGCCACCGUGGGAAUCAUGAAUGUCUCUCCCGGGAGCGUGAACACGGUCCCCGGACAGGUUGUGAUGAGUUUGGACCUGAGAAAUCCUCUCGACCGGGGCUUGAGGAGGAUGGUCAAGAAGGUCGAGGAAUUCAUUCAGCUGGUGAACGAAGGCGACGACGACCACACGGACCCAGCAGAUGACGAGAGAAAAGGCGGCGCCGGUGGCAAGAACAACAGAAGUACUUCUACAACAGGGCGGCCGGCAGAGAGGAUUUCACGCUUGAAGGAGAACCCGCUCACGAAGAUCCGCGUCGAGAUGAGGGAAGACUUUUCCAGCGAUGCCAUCACUUUCAACCACGAGGCGAUCAGGUGUAUUGAAGAGAGUGCCCUGGCUGUCUUGGGAGGUGACGCGGGUAAGAUCCAGAGAAUGCUGAGCGGCGCAGGGCACGACAGUGUCUGUACGAACGUGCACUGUCCUACGGGCAUGAUCUUCGUGCCGUGCAAGGAUGGCGUCUCGCAUAACCCGAGCGAGUGGUGCGAGGAGGAGGAUUGUGCCGUAGGGGCGAAUGUGCUUCUGCACUCGGUGCUGAGGAUGGAUCGGUUGAGGAAGGAGAGGGGAGAUUUUGACUGA